GAUCAAGAUAUCCAAAUUUCAAAAAAUAUUUGAAUAAAAAUUCAAAGAACUUCCAACAAUAAUUUUGCAAAUGCGGUUUUUAAAUUAAGCUUCAGUGCACUUUAUUUGUUGGUUAAUUUAAAAGACUCCCACAAAUUUUAAUAAUUUGUGUUUCUGGUGUAAUUCUUCUUGUUUUAUUAUUCACUGUGAUUCCUCUUUCCAAAUCAACGCACACGUUCUUCCCAAUUGCACUGACCCACGUUUGUACCUGCGUAUGUGUAGGGAUUUGCUUUCCCCUUUAUCGUCAUCAAAAGAUACGGUUUCGGGUCUCUCCCAAAUCACCUUCAAGUUCAAACAUUGAUCUGCUGUAUUUUCAUACAUUUUCUUAAAUUAGUUCGAUUGACGCGUUUAUUUUAUUUAUUGACUGAAACACUCAAGUUGGGUGCAUCAGGGCUGUAAUUAAUUGCAUCUGGCAAUGCCAUGGAAUGCUGGAGAACUAGGGUUUCACCCGAUUCGCUUUUCAGUAUUCUGAAAAUGUGAUCUUUAUGUUGUUGACCGAUGUUAGUUCGUAGAAUCGUUGAUUAGUUUAAUAGUAGAUUUGCUAAUUUCAAUUGUUCAUCUCUGUGGGAACCAUAAUGGGAGAGUAUUCUUUAUCUGUUAUUCAGAUAUUCUUGAGAUUUGAUGAGACAUCUGGCUACACGUGUCAAGGAUUUUUGGUUAGUUUGUUUAGUUUCUAGAGAUGAAGAGAUUAAAAGGCGAGUCUCAAAGUGCAAGGAGGUUCAAAUUGUCAUAUUUUUUGUUGGGUGUAGCUGUGUUGUACUUGAUUCUUAUAUUCAUUAGAUUCCCUGAGUUUUUUGAGACUGCAGCAGUUUUAAGUGGCAAUGAUAUUGAUUUGGGUAUGGAUGACUUGCCCGUUGGGGAUGAUGAGGUUGCAGAAAUAAGUAAAUCACAUCAGAAUUCUGUUUCUGUGGAUGGAUAUCACUUACAGAACAAUGAGAAUCAAGAUGCUUCUAUAAAGCCUCCACAGGAAGUCUUUCUGAGGAAAAAGGAUGGUGCUCUACGCAUAAAGCCUAUUCAACAUCAGUAUGGUCGAAUAACUGCUGAGAUUUUGAAGCGAAUGAAUAGGACAGCUAAAUUUUCUGUGUUGGAGCAAAUGGCAGAUGAGGCUUGGACAUUAGGCUUGAAGGCCUGGGACGAAGUAGAUAAAUAUGAUGAAAAGGAGAUUAAGAUGAGUACUAUGUCAGAGGUGAAGCCCGAGACAUGUCCUUCAUGGGUUUCAGUGAGUGGAGAUGAAUUAAAUGGGAGAGAUCGCAUCAUGUUCCUUCCAUGUGGUCUAGCUGCUGGUUCAUCGAUCACAGUGAUUGGAACUCCACAUUAUGCUCAUAAGGAAUAUGUGCCACAGCUUGCCAAAUUGAGGUUCGAUGAUGCUACAGUACUGGUUUCCCAGUUUAUGAUUGAACUGCAAGGAUUGAAGUCUGUAGAUGGGGAAGAUCCGCCAAAGAUUCUGCAUUUGAAUCCUCGAUUGAGAGGUGAUUGGAGCCAUCGACCAGUAAUUGAGCACAAUACAUGCUAUAGAAUGCAAUGGGGGACGGCUCAAAGGUGUGAUGGUUUGCCAUCCAAGAAUGACGACGACAUGUUAGUGGAUGGAUACUUGCGGUGUGAAAAAUGGAUGAGGAACGAUAUUAUUGACACAAAAGAGUCCAAACUAUUUUCAUGGUUUGAUAGGUUCAUAGGACGUGCAAAGAAACCUGAAGUAACCUGGCCAUUUCCAUUUGUAGAGGGCAGAAUGUUUGUUCUAACUAUUCGCGCUGGUGUUGAUGGAUACCACAUGAAUGCCGGAGGUCGGCACAUGACCUCAUUCCCUUAUCGGACGGGGUUCAUAUUGGAAGAUGCAACAGGAUUGGCAAUCAAAGGCGAUGUUGACGUUCAUUCAGUAUAUGCUACAUCUCUUCCUACCUCUCAUCCUAGUUUCUCAACUAAAAGAGUAUUGGAAUUCUUGGAGAAGUGGAAGUCUCAACCCAUACCCCAGAGUAAUAUACAACUAUUUAUUGGGGUUCUCUCCGCCACCAAUCAUUUUGCUGAACGCAUGGCGAUAAGAAAGACAUGGAUGCAAUCUUCAGCUAUCAAGUCCUCUAAAGUAGCAGUCCGCUUCUUUGUUGCACUAAAUCCAAGGAAGGAGGUGAAUGCAAUACUGAAGAAAGAGGCUGCUUACUUUGGUGAUAUAGUAAUUUUACCAUUCAUGGAUCGUUAUGAGCUAGUGGUUCUUAAAACUAUCGCCAUUUGUGAGUAUGGGGUUCAAAAUGUCACAGCUGCUCACAUUAUGAAAUGUGAUGAUGACAAUUUUAUUAGGGUGGAUACCGUCCUAAAAGAAAUUGAAGGCGUGCCUUCCACAAAGCCUUUGUAUAUGGGCAAUCUCAAUCUCCAUCACCGGCCUCUUAGAAAUGGGAAAUGGGCUGUGACCUAUCAGGAAUGGCCAGAAGAAAUCUAUCCUCCCUAUGCAAAUGGGCCUGGAUACAUAAUAUCCAGUGACAUUGCCAAAUACAUCGUGUCCCAGCACACAAAUCGGAGUCUCAGGCUAUUUAAAAUGGAGGAUGUUAGCAUGGGAAUGUGGGUCGAGCAGUUCAACAGUACGAAAAAGGUUCAGUACUCUCAUAAUUGGAAGUUCUGUCAAUAUGGGUGCAUGGAAAACUAUUACACUGCACAUUAUCAAUCACCAAGACAAAUGAUCUGUCUGUGGGAUAAUCUGAGUAAGGGUCGAGCUUGUUGCUGCAAUUUUUAACCGAAUGGAGUUUAGGUCUGAAGAUGAGUAAGUUCACGUUGUACCUACUGAUAUUUCUUUCUAGGUACAAUUUCAUCCAUAAGUACGGAUGAAAUUGGUUUUACCAGGCCGGGGUUGUGAAGGAUGGAGCUGAACUAGAGGCAGCUAUCUUCGAGUAAUGGAUGAGGUUUUGAGUUAAUUUCCCCAAAGCUGUUUAAUGACCAGAUUGCGCUAAGUUGUAUAGGAUUGUUGCUACCCUGGAGUUGGACUACGUCAAGUAAAUAGCCAUUAACAAAAGUGUACUGUACAUGUAAGUUUUGUUAGGGCUGGGCAUCAUGAAUUUUACUCUCACAAAUGUGUGUUCAACAUUGCAAUUCAUCUCAGAAUUAUGUGGAAAGAUUCCUUCUUUUGUGAAGUAACAUGGCUCUUUGACUGGUACUGAGUGAACUGUUUUUAGUCUAA